AAGUACUCCUAUUUAGAAGUUGACGUCCAUUUUUUCUAACUUAUCUUUUUUUUUUCUUUCUAUACUAUUUUUCUGAGUGUCUUCUCACCAAUUGCCAUUGACACGACAAAGCUUUCAAAUCCCCCAAAAAAGUUUCUAAUUAAAUAUUCCAAACUCUUUACGCGUUUAUCUUCUCCUUCUCUAUAAACCCUAGCUUCAAUUUUUUCUCUCUCCGCGUAAAAUUCACUCUGUAACUAUGGAUGAAAACGAUAAGCAGGUUGAUAAUGAUCCAUUACCUGGUGGUGGUGGUGGUGGUGCAGCGGAGUUCACCGGCGCUACUACUGAAUCAAGCUGGUCACUCGGUGGUGGAGAUGAUGAAUCGGAUAAUGUUUACUUCUUCGGUACUAGUAGUACUGAUAGAGAGAGCAGUAUAUUAACCGAAUUCGGCUGGAAUUUUCAACCGCACGGAAAUAGAGAUGUUCGCGCCGGUGGUGACGGUAGUCGAUUUGAUCGGAUCGAUGAGGAUUUGGCGGGAAAUAGUACUACAACUACUGCUUCUGUUUCUGCUUCUGUUUCUAUUACUGAACCGACGGUGACGGAGAAAAUCACCGACGAACCUGUUUCAUCUAGCUGUUCUGAUGAUCCCCCGGAGAAAUCUACAGCUUCCGGUAGCUCCUCCGCCUCUCGACCGCCGUCCGAUACAGCAAGCAAGGUUAAAAAGAAGGGUCAGAAACGAAUCAGGCAGCCCCGCUUUGCAUUUAUGACCAAAAGUGAAGUUGAUCAUCUUGAAGAUGGCUAUAGAUGGAGGAAAUAUGGCCAAAAAGCUGUUAAAAACAGUCCAUUUCCAAGGAGUUAUUAUCGUUGUACAAAUACAAAGUGUACAGUAAAGAAAAGAGUGGAGAGAUCCUCUGAAGAUUCCUCAAUUGUAAUCACAACAUAUGAAGGACAACAUUGUCACCAUACAGUUGGAUUUCCUAGAGGUGGACUUAUCAAUCACGAAGCAUUUACAUCUCAAUUAACACCUUUACCCUCACAAUUCUAUCAUCCAUCCGGUGUUCAAUACCCUCAUGAAUUAGUUCCUAUGAGUAGCCCCGCUGCACCAGAAUCACAUACAAUGCCUGGUGAAACCGGACCCGAACCUAUUAGAUUGCCAGAAACAAGUCAACCAGAUGCUACACAACAACCAACUGAUGAAGGAUUGCUUGGAGAUAUUGUACCUCCUGGGAUGCGAAGCAGAUAAUAUAAAGGAUUUUGGGAUCUGUGAUAACACGGCUAAACUAGUAUAGUAGAUAGAAAGGGGCCCUAUAGCUAGCAAGUAGCUACUGUUCAAAAGGAUGACAUAUAUAUAUAUCAAAGAUUAAGAGGGGGGCCGUUUAAGAAAAAAAGAGACAUAUGAUUAGUAUAUUCGUAAGUUAUUUAGAAUGUGGCAUAAUAAUUAAUGAUGUGGUUGAGAACCAUGAAUUAUCAUGUUCAAAUUUUAAUGUGAUCUCCUCAUAAGGAAUUUAUUGAUUUAUGUGUGUGAAGAAUAGCAAGUUGAUAAAGAAAUAAAGCUUGAGUCUAAUCCGAUCUCAAAAGCUAGUUCAUUAAGUGAGGAUUACCCGUCCAUAUUCCCAUCCAUUUGCCUAUGUGUGACACCCACCCACCCCACACGCACAUCUAACACUGAAGAGCAUAGAUAAUAUAUACUUUCUCUAUUUUAAAAAAAAUGACCUUUUUUCCUUUUUAGUCUGUUUAAAAAGAAUGACCUCUUUCUUUUUUUGAUAACAUUUUAAUUUCUGCUUUCCAUGUGACAUGCAUGUUUAAGACUACAAGAUCAAAGGACAAUUUUGUAUAUUUGACCUAACUUUAAUUUAGGAUUACAAGAUUCAAAAGUAUUUUUUAUAUUCUUUAACUUCGUGUCAAAGUUAAACCAGAUCAUUCUUUGUGAAACAAAAAGAAGUAUAGGUCAACAUCAGAAACAAUGAAUUGAAAUGUGUCUGGCUCUGAAACCAUGACAUUGAUGAUGAGAUAAGGGUUGGCCAGAAUCAUAUAAGAAGUCCAUGCUAUGGAACACCAACACAAGUACACCAUGAGAAUUUCUCCCUUAAUGACAUUUUCUUGUAAUUAAAACCAAAAAUCAUAGCACAAUUGCACAAAACUCUUAGUUAAAUUUCUUCACAUAAAAUUAAAAUGAGAAAAAGACUUUCCUUUUGUUAGUGGGGAUUAGUUUUGACAAGAACCGAAUAUGUGAUUGUUAUGGUACAUCAAUUUGGCCAUAGAGCUUUAAGAAUCAGAGACCAAAGAAGGUGGCAAUGGCGCUCCCUUAGCAGGUAGCUAGCCAGCAUGCCAAAUAAUUAAAGGGAAAUAUUGCUUUGGUUGAUGUUACACAUCUCAUGCAAAACAUGCACAAGUAAUAGAAUAAGUCACGCUUGUCUGCGUAAAUGGAAGCAUAUUUUUAAGUUGUGUGGUCCUACAUGAUCAUAUGCUUUGAAUUUAUUUUUUUGAGAUAUUAUGCAAAUAUUCUUUCAGAUUUUUGUAUCUAUGUAACGUGUGAUCAUACAGUUUUCAUAUGCUUUAAAUAUUCUCAUUUUCAUUUGUGUUUUUAUGUUAUUUGAACUCUUCAAAAAUGUUAGCGAGUUUCGUGUUGGAUCUUUCAAAAACCAUGUGUUUGGAAAAUCUGACAUGAGUAUGUGGUAAUGUUUUUGGAGAGUUUCGAACGACAAAGGUUAGUUUAACAUACUUCCUCCGUUUCAAUCUGUUUGUCAUGUUUUGACUCUGUACAGAGUUUAAGAAAGUAAAGAAGACUUCUAAAUCUGAUAUUAAAUUAAGAUAUGUCAAAUGUACCACAACGUUGUGGUUUUAAACAUGUCACUUGAAAAUUAGAAGUAAAUAGUUGUCAAAAAAAGGAAAGAGAUAUUCUUUUCUUAAACAGACUAUAAAGAAAAAGUAUGAUAAAUAAAUUUAAACGGAAAGAAGUAUAUUGGACUUCGAAA